GUCACGUGAUCUGAGUGUGAUCUGUGCAAGCAAGGCAAAAUAAACGGGGAGCUGCACAGACAACUCACUGAGGAAUAUAGAAGACAAGGGAUGAAGUCCUCAGUGUCAAAGUUUACAUGGGCCGCAGCCUCUCUACUUUGCUUGAGUGCAGCUCAGUUUGUCAGAAGCGAAACAAAGCCGAACAUUGUUAUUAUGCUUAUGGAUGACAUGGGUUGGGGUGACUUAGGAGUGCUUGGUCAGCCAGCAAAAGAGACACCUAAUCUUGAUAAGAUGGCUGCUGAUGGAAUGCUCUUUACAGAUUUCUAUAGUGCAAAUCCUCUAUGUUCUCCUUCCCGUGCAGCAUUACUCACUGGACGACUUCCAAUUCGAAAUGGAUUCUACACAACUAAUGCUCAUGCUCGAAAUGGGUAUACACCGCAGAACAUUGUUGGUGGAAUACAAGAAAACGAAGAUCUAUUACCCAAGUUACUUAAAUCAGAAGGAUACUACAGUAAAAUAGUGGGUAAAUGGCAUCUCGGCCAUCUACCCCAGUACCUGCCACUGAAACAUGGAUUUGAUGAAUGGUUUGGUGCUCCAAAUUGUCAUUUUGGUCCAUAUGACAAUAAACAAACCCCAAACAUUCCAGUCUACAAAGAUGACAAAAUGGUUGGCAGGUAUUAUCAGCAUUUUCCCAUUAAUAAAAAAACUGGAGAGUCCAACUUAACUCAACUGUACACAGAGGAAGCCCUGGAUUUCAUUGAAUCUCAAUCAAAAGUUAAGAGGCCAUUUUUCUUGUAUUGGGCCCCAGAUGCUACCCACGGUCCUGUGUAUGCCUCGUCAAAAUUUAUUGGUUAUAGCCAAAGGGGAAGGUAUGGAGAUGCCGUACGAGAACUGGACGACAGUGUCCGUAGGAUUCUACAGAAACUGGAAGACCUAGGAUUAUCUGAAAAUACAUUUGUGUUCUUUUCAUCUGAUAAUGGGGCUUCUCUGUACUCAAAAGAACGAGGUGGCAGCAAUGGUCCGAAGGGGUCGACUUCUGUCCAGGCGAGAAUGUUACAGGUGUUACAACUCACGAACAAAUGAACUACACAACCUCCCCUGUUAUGUUUCACCUGGGAAGAGACCCAGGAGAGAAAUAUCCCAUCAGAUCCACCAAGCAGGAAUAUAAGGAUGUCAUGGUUACCUUAAGAAAACUGGUGUCAGCACAUAAGUCGAGUUUAGUGCCUGGUGAACCUCAGUUUAACUUCUGUGAUGAAGCUGUUAUGAACUGGGCGCCACCCGGAUGUGAGGAGAUCGACGAGUGCUACAAAGGUCCACCAUCACAUCCCUACAAAUGUCCUUGGCCCCACUAAGGGAAGGUCAUUAUUAUUAAUGAAGAGGGGGAAGAGGGGAGGGGGAUCAAGGCUAUUUUAGAUAUUGGCAAGAUGGGGUUGAAGUUUUUUUUAAAGAAGUUUAGGCGGGGUCAGCGGUUUGAAAUAAAUUUUAAAAGUUGUUCCUUGCCCCAGGUGGUUAAUUAAAUGAUAGAAUGCAAACAAUAUUUGUGAAACAGUAAUGCUAAGUAUGCAAUUUUAUGUAGAUUCUAUUGUUUUCUUUUGUUUAAACACUACUAUUGUGUACAACUUGGUGAUUUAUAUUUCACAAGAAUACUGCUUGCACUAUUAACUCCAUUGCUAUCAAAUUUUAAACACAAUAUCCCGAGAAAUGGGCAUAUCCGUCAUCUUAUGAAUUAAACAUCAACAGAAAAUGUA